AAUUUGCCACGGGCAUAUACAGUUAAAUUCUCUAACAAUAUGGCCGUGUACGGUAAUUGUCGCUCGCAAAAAAUCUGACUGUGAAAAAAUCCAUUUUUUAGUUUUCAAAAAUUUACUGUGGGCCCGAAAAAAAACGUUAAUUUUUGUUGGUUAUUUUGAUUUUUCCAUCAAUGAGGUGUUAGAGUGAAGUGAAAUAAAGUGUUUUUCACCAAAAAGGAAAACACACAAAUUUUUUAACCCACUCAUCAAAAAAACAGAGCUCUAAAUUGAAGAGCGAAAAAAAAAACGAAAAACGAAAAAAAAUUGAAGAUGGACUAAUCCUUGCAGAAAAGCAAAGAAGCUUAGCGGAAUAAGUACAAAAAAAAAAAAACAACAACAACAACAAUUUGAAAGAAUAUUAUAGUUAACAAGUUAGUAAACGCAAACUAAAAAUAUAUCCCACUUCGACAGGGAAGAAUUAAGAGGCAAAAAAAAAACAACAACAUAAAAGAGAAGAGAAUAUAAUCCUAAACAAUAUGGAGGACUUAUUCCUCCUGAUAAUCAAGGAAUCAACUGGGACGAAACAUAACACUUUAAAGCAAACGGCACAGAUAGCUUAUGAUAAAUUAUAUCGUCAACAUGGUAUACACCGAGACCCAUCACAUGAGUUGCGUUCUGUAUGCUUCACAGCACUCCAGAUGGCGUUAGAUACGAAACGACCCAAAUUUAUUACAAUGGGUCUCAAUGGAUUGCAUAGAAUCAUCAAAGAUGAACGUUUUUACAUAGGUCUUGAGCCGGAAGAUGAUUCUGUAUGGUUGCCAGCUCAAUUACUGAGAGCUACAGCAAGUAUUACUCCGGGGAUAAAUAAUGAGGACACAGUGGUUAAUGUUCUUCGACUAUUUCUGGCAAUGGCAUGUUCACCAACUUGCACUCUGAAUGGUCGACUAUUGAUAGAAAUUCUCUCAAGGUGUGGUGAAUGCUGGGAAGCCGGAUCUAGAGCGAUUAGAGCGGCUUCGCUAGCUGCCGCAAGUCAGUGUUUGCGAACGUUUUGUGCGUUUUUAAUUGAUGAAGCUGAAGAAGUUAAGAAAACUGCUCCAGCUGGGCUGAUGACUAUAUCACAAGCUUCGGCAGUUUAUAAUGAGGUUAUACCGGUAAUGCAAUGGUUAUGUAGCCGGAUUAUUGAGCCUCGAGUGGGUAGUCCGAAAAAGAAUGAAGCUUGCGGCUCGCUAUACCUUACAGAGUGUAUUCUAACAUUGAGUUCGGCCUUGCCGAGAAAUGUGCAUGCAAAUCCACAUUUUACAUCGUUCCUAUGGCAAAAGUUUUGUCCAACUUUGGCUGCGGCUUUGGGUUCACCGGGACGAGUUAAUUUGGAUAAGAAAUUUACUUAUAAAGAUGCUCUUCAUUUAAUUGAAAAUGAAGCUAGAGGAUUCUUUACUGGUCCAGGUCUAGAUGGACCACAAGCUAGAUGUGUAUAUUUAACUGGAAUACAAUUGCUGAGGAUUGCUGGAGCACAUGGUUCAUUGAGACCAAUGUUGGAGGCGUUGUUUCAUAGAAUGUUGCUGUUGCCAGCUCCACAAAAUCGAACUGAACCGUUAAAGUGUGUGAGGGAAAUAUUUAAAAGUCCUGAGAGACUGAUUGAUUUAGCUGUUAUAUUAUACUUUGAUAAGAAUACAGCACAAGGAUGUAGUGAUGAGAUGGCACUUUUUAGAUUAAUUAUUGACGCAAUGGAAGAGUGUGCAUUUGCUGCUCACACUGGUACUGGUGUAGAGGGAAGUCUGCAAGCAAGUGUGGAAUGUAUGGUAGCGCUUUUGGAUAGUCUUCAGACACUCUGUUCUGGAGAUAUAAAUGAAAACAUUAUAAGUGAUCAGAUCGUCGACACAGUAAAUAACCGCCAUCCGAAUUUACGCGAUGCCGAUUACUCCGGCCCACUAACUUAUCAAUCAAUGGCCCGUCUACCAGCACAAUACCGUGACGCCAUCGCUGAAUUCCGUCAAACGAUUUUCGAAAACUCUUCCGGCUCAGAAAGUGAUAACGAACACAAUGCCGAAAACGAUGCUGCUUCAAAUGGCUCCGGCGACACCGAAGGACCCGAAGAUGACAUUCCAUCAUCCUCUAGCGAUGAAACUUCCUCAAAAAUAGAAAACCGUUGGCCAUACUCACACUUAGAAGCCCCAGUAAUGCCUGUUAGGGGCGAUACUGACAACGAUCGUCAACACGCCCGCGACUUCGCCAAAGCUCUACGAGUCGAUCUUGUUCCAAAACUCCUCCGCCUACGUUCAUGCGUUGAAGUUGAUGAAGCAAUGCAAGAAUUCGCCUCAACAGUUUGUCAAGAAAACAGCAUGAAUUACUCUGAUUUUGAAUACAAUCUUACCGCUAUCAAUGCUGAUGGAAUUUAUUUAGCAAUAUAUUCAGCUCUUUUGUUGAGUCUUCAACUCACCCGAGCUGGCCACUAUGAUGAUUUGGAAAAAGAAAUCCUUAUUCCAAUGUCUGAACAACAAUUUGUCACAUCCGUCCAAAAUACAGGUGUCUUAGUUUAUUUAUCAACACCAUGGCUGUGUGAAUUAUAUCAAUCGGUUAUUGUGUUGAAUCCUUUGGAGUCGCUGGAAGCUCAUGAGUUAGAAACUACUCGAUGUGCUUUGGUUGAUAUGUUAUGUGAUGCUGGGGGAAUGGGUUCCACACAAAUGAUGUCCGAAUGGCAACGAUUGCAAUCGGUGUCGAAGUAUAAUGAUGAACAACAAAAUGAUCGACGAGAAGCUGCAAAGAAACUUUGCAGGAGGCUUUUAACUUGCUGUUGGGACUCAAUGGUUAUAGUCUUGAGCUCAGGUUUAGGUGAUCUAACGGGAACUAGUGCCAGUAAACUUAUGGCUCUAUCAAAACGAACUUUGAGGGUGAAGAUCAACAAGACAAACAAAACCAAUGGCGAAGCUUUGUAUGCUAUGUGUCUUGAUGGCUUACAUUCGGCUGCAACUUUAAGUAACUCACUGAAUCUUCAACAUUUAGCUGGAAAAAUUCUCAAUCUUCUAGCUUCAAAUGUCUGUCAUACAACGGGACCCCGAAUUUCCGCCAGUCAAGCCAUGUCAAUGGAUGUUGUUUUAACUGGUGGCCUCAAUCUAGGCUCUUAUAGUCCCGACUGCUGGCAUUCUGUGUUUGCAGUCUGCCGUCAUGUUAGCCAAUUGGAACAUGACAUUUUCAGCCUUCAAAAUCCUCCAAUUACAACUUCCCCUGGAACUAGCCGUAGAGAUAUGGAAACUGGUGAAAAAUUAGCCCCACCUCCAGGAAGUGACAAACUCAAUUUAUCCUCCAUACCAAUUGAUGAUGAUGAAACAUGUGUGGAUGUUUAUAGUUUUCUUCAGGCUCCAUUACAAAGUCCAAAUACAAAUGUGACAUCGAUUUUAAAGGUCUACUCUGGAACCAACGAAACAGUUCUCUUAAGUCAAACAGACACUUCGAAAGUUCUAUGUGCACUUUCUCAUCAAGCUGAGAAUCUUUUUGGUGAUGCUGCAGAAAGGUUAAGCUUACCAUCGUUAUGUCAGUUUUUGAAGAAUCUUUGUCGAGCUUCUAGAGAACAGUUGUAUAAAAAUACGGCAACGCGAAAGGGUAGUAGGGUCUGGUGGCCUAGUAAAGGUUGGAAAAAAAUCGAUUCAUUACCAAUGUCACUGCUGUUGCAUAGAGUUGGUGAUGUGACGUUAAAGGUCUUUAGAAGUUCAAGACCGUUGUUGCAUAUUUUGAAAGUUUGGGCUAUAACGGGACCCCAUUUAAUGGAGGCUGCAUGUCACAAAGAUCGGGUCAUAUCUAAACGAUCCAUUGAAUAUAUUCAUGAUAUUAUCACAGCUUUGUUGGUCGAACAAUCCGAAUUACCACAUUUUCAUUUCAAUGAAGCUCUACUAAAGCCAUUUGAAAACCUUUUAAGCAUGGACACUUGUGAUGUUGAUGUUCAGGAUCAAAUAGUAGCUUGCCUUUAUGAAAUCGUCGAAGCUCAUCGUACCGAAAUACGUUCCGGAUGGCGUCCACUUUUCGGAACACUCCGUAACGCUCGCAGUCGAAUGUUAAACAUGGGCAACAUUAUCGAUAUAUUCCGUGUAUUUCUCGAUAGCGACAACACGCUAGUAUUUGCAAAUGCCGGUCUAGACUGUAUCCUAUGUCUCUUAUCGUAUUUAGAAAUUUCCGGUGGUGGUAAUAAUAAUAAUUCAAAUGAUGACAACGAUAACAAUUUCCGCCCAAUUGAAUUCCUUCACGAAACGUUACGCUUCCUCGAACGCUGUUCCUCAAUUCUUGGUUUCAUGUAUAAUAUGCCAAAAUGUCCAAAUUUCCAUUCAACUUAUAAAAUCAAGGGUAUUUCUUAUACACAUAUUAUUGAUGCUAACAUUCCGAAUUCGAUGGAAAAUUUCACAUAUUUCGGAAAUGAUUAUCUUCAAACAAAAAAUGAACAACAUAUGAUAUCAUAUCGAUCGUUACAUAUUGAUAAAGAUGCUAUAACCAAAAUCGAUGAAAUGGACAAAUCUAGUGGAGUGCUGAAAGUUUGGUUCCUUCUACUCGAUGGUUUGACAAACUCGUUGAUAGUUUGUCCGAAUUCACAUCAAGCACCAAUUUUACAGACGAUCUUUAAACUUUUUAAAAAUCUUACAACCAGCCCUGGAAUUGAUUUCGGUUUCUAUUGCAUCAAUCAUUUGCUAAUUCCGAUGAUACAGGAUUGGUUACGUUAUAUUAAUAAGACUGGAGCCAGUUGGUUGGCAAUUGAAAAGAAUUUCAAACACUGUUGUUGCAUGACCACAGAUUUAGUGGUAGAAUUUAUUGAAAAGUCCGAAACGAAGUCGAAUGGUUUACCGAAGACAAGAGUAACUUCAUUGAUACUUCCGGUUGAUAAUUUAAAAUAUUCACAGCUGAAAUUGGUUAGUGAUGGAGCUGGUUCUCCAAAUCAAAAAGGUAACGGAGGUAAUUCAUCAAGUGAGGAAAGCAAUAUGAAUGAUUUUCCAACAAAAAUAUCAGGAUCAGCCACAUUAGCAUUGAAACAGUUGCUAUUGGUAUUGAUUGAAUGUUCAGCACAAGCCCAAGAAACCAUAGCUAGGGUAGGAGUUUCAUGCUUGAAGCAUGUUAUCCUUUCUACCGGAACACUUUUCAACGAAUCACAAUGGAUGAUAGCGUGUUCAGCUAUUCAUCGAGCUUGUACAGUAACCAUAGCCCCGUUAAGACAGCUAUCAUUUGCAUUCCAUGAAAAGUCGAAUAGCUUUUAUGGAGAUUGUGCCAACGUUAAGGUGGCCGCUAGACGAGAUAGUACUUUAGACGAACUUUCAAGGAUAUACUCCCUGGCACAGCAGGUAUUUCUGUCCGAUAAUCAAAGGGAACCCGGAUCAGCUCGGGGUAGCACUCAUCUUGACAAGCAUCUUACCGAUGAUCGAAGUUAUUCAUUCCUUCUCUACCCCCUCAAUAAUGGCUUCAAUUCGAAUCUUGAUAACUUUGUCAUUCGAAUACCAUUUAAAAAUUUAGUAGUUGGUCUACUGGCAAAUCAAAUGCUACUCCAAUUAGUCGCUAAGUUACUACUAUCCCGUUUAAAAUGCGUUCCUCAAGCUGUAUCGACUUGCAUUUUUGACAAUUACUCAACAACAACAUCUAACUCUGAAUAUGAUUUAGAUUUCCGUUCUAAGGAAAUUCUACUGCGUUGUGUUAAACAGUAUUUGACCAGUUCGCUAGAGUUUGACUCAAGACCUGGCUUAAAAUUUCUUAUGCAAAAGGUUUCGAAUAUAGAAUUUGCUGCGAAUCUUUAUAAACAAAUGACAUCAUCAUGGAUGAUUUAUUAUAUUGCAUUAGUUGAUUCAUAUUUAAAUGAUAUUGUUGUUUAUAAUUUGGGACCGGAUGAUUUACAUUUUAUACUUGAAUCGUGUUCAAGAUUGAAUACUACAACUGUUAAAAAGAAGGAAAAUUUUGUAAGGUAUUUAUUUUGUUUGCAAGAUGCAUGGAAUUUAGUUUGUGAGCUGUAUUUGAAUAAUUCAACAAUGCAUGAUGUGGAAAAUGGAAGUCUUAAGGAUGAGAAACGAACGAAAUCAUUAAAUCCAUUUUUAACAAGACAGAGUUCGCUGAAUGAAAAUGAUCCUGGAAGUUCAUCAAGUCGUUCGGAAACAGCUGAAAGUUCACCGAUUAAGUCACCGGAAGAGGAUAGUGUAACAAUGACAACGUUGAUAAGUGAAUUUCAACCGAAAUCACGAACGAAUCCUUUCGAUACGAAUCGACCACAAAAAUUAGAUUCAGAACAGAUAUCACCAGAAAUUGAACAACAACGUGCGACAAGUAUAUUUAAGGAUUCAAAUUAUAAACGUGCUGCAUUGGCACAACUUGUUGUAGCUUCAAUGGAGUUGUUAAGAUCUUUGCCGGGUGAGGCGGAAGAGAAUUUGAAACUUUUAAUGACACCGACAAUACGAGAAGCAUUUCGAUUAGUUCAGUUACAGGGUAAUGAGUUAAAGGUAAAUCAGUUUUAAGGCAUUAGAAAUAAAUUUUAAAAAAAUGUAAAAGAUAUAGAAGAUCGAGGAAAAAUAAGAGUAUAUAAACAUUUAUAUAAGAAAAAAAAAAGUAAUAAUGUAUAUGUGUUAUUUGUGUAAUAUUUGUGUUUAACACAUAAAUUUAUUAUUAUAAUUAUUCUUGUGAAGAGUUAAAUAAGUUAAGUAAAAACAAAAA